AUGGAGAAGCGGAGGACUCGCACCGCAAACCCAUGCGAUGGCUGCUCUUUAAGGCGGGUACGAUGUCGCAUGCAAGGUAAUCCGCCUUGUCUCGAGUGCCAGAAACACUCUGUAGAGUGUACCUUUCUGAGAGUUCCACGAAAGCGAGGUCCCAAAGGGCCUCGCCAAUGUACAUCCCAGAAGGUGGCACACUAUCAAAACGAAAUCCGUCAAUCUCAAAGUCUUGGUUCUAUCUCACAAGAACUUGUAAGCCCCGUUGUUGAUCACGAGAGCGGCCAGAUGCCAUUGCGUCUAUACAUCGAGUAUUUAGACAAGUUCCGAGAAUCUCUUACCUGCGUCUGGCCCAUUCUUAAUAUUGAAGAUCUGAAGUCCAGACUCGUCCAUAAUCCCCAGGGUGAUCGAGGUGCCUGGGCACUAGCUGGCGCUGUCUGUGCGACGGUCAUCGCCCAAUUGCGACUUUCUCAGAUACGCUUAGCAGAGCAAGACACUGCAACUACAGACCUCAGCUCCGUUGCCGAAAGCUUUGCCCGUCACGCUCAGCGCCUGCGAGAUCAGUUCAUUGACCGGGAAGAUUUCUCGACCGAGUCUUUGUUGACAGCAUUUUUUCUGCAUAUCUACUUCACUAUUACUGGGAGAAUAAGAACCGCGAUUCUAUACUUGCAUGAGACAAUUGCACAGCUACACCUCCAAGAUUUGCACCUCACCGAAACAUUGGCCAGCCUGGCCGAUGAGCAGAAAGAGUUGGUCCUCCGCAUCUACUGGCUGGUCUUCGUGUCUGAGAAGUGA